AUGGAGGAGAGCACGUCAAUCUGGGCCUGGAGGCGGGCCAUCUCGGUGCGGAUUGCCGCUGCCUCAGCCUCGAGGUGCUUCACCCAGGCUUCCUCUGUGGCUUGGCCACCCCAGGAGGGAAAGAGCGCCUGGGACUGCCAAAACAUGAGCCAGAGGAGGAGGCAGGCGAGGCUGAGCAGUGCUGGGAGCCAUGGCUUCCUGGCUGUGGUAGGCUGA